AUGUUCUAUAUUUCAUGGAAAAUUAUCCAUUGUUCUUAUAUUGAAUUCACUUUUCUUCUCCACUUGUCUUUGGUAGAACCUCUGCAGCCCAAACCUCCAGAUUAUAUGUCUGAAGAGAAAUUGCAAGAAAAAGCUCGUAAAUGGCAGCAAUUGCAAUCCAAAAGGUAUGCAGAUAAACGUAAAUUUGGCUUUGUCGAUGCACAAAAAGAAGAAAUGCCCCCUGAACAUGUUCGUAAAAUCAUCCGCGAUCAUGGGGACAUGACUAAUAGAAAAUUCCGACAUGACAAAAGAGUCUAUUUGGGAGCCUUGAAAUAUAUGCCACAUGCUGUCAUGAAACUUCUGGAAAAUAUGCCAAUGCCUUGGGAACAGAUCCGUGAUGUAAAGGUUUUAUACCAUAUCACAGGUGCUAUCACUUUUGUCAAUGAAAUCCCUUGGGUUGUAGAACCUAUUUACAUUGCACAAUGGGGUUCUAUGUGGAUCAUGAUGAGACGUGAGAAACGUGAUCGUCGUCAUUUCAAACGUAUGCGCUUUCCGCCAUUUGAUGAUGAAGAGCCUCCUUUGGACUAUGCUGACAAUGUACUUGAUGUUGAGCCCUUGGAAGCCAUUCAAUUAGAAUUGGACCUGGAAGAAGACAAAGCAGUCAUCAAUUGGUUCUAUGAGCAUAAGCCACUAGCAGAAACAAAGUACUUAAAUGGCUCUACUUAUCGCCACUGGAAUUUGUCAUUACCUAUCAUGUCUGUUCUAUAUCGACUUGCUAACCAAUUACUCACUGACCUUGUGGAUGAAAACUACUACUACUUGUUUGACUUGAAGUCUUUCUUUACUGCCAAAGCACUCAAUUUGGCCAUUCCAGGGGGCCCAAAAUUUGAACCACUAGUCAAAGACAAAGAGUUGCAAGAUGAAGACUGGAAUGAAUUCAAUGACAUUAACAAAAUUAUUAUUAGGCAGCCUGUUCGUACAGAAUAUCGAAUUGCCUUUCCUUAUCUCUACAACAAUAUUCCUUUCCAAGUACAUCUUUCUUGGUAUCACAAACCAAAUGUUGUUUACAUCAAAACUGAAGAUCCUGAUUUGCCAGCAUUCUAUUUUGAUCCUCUUAUCAAUCCAAUUUCUCACAGACAUGCAACAAAAGUUACUGAGCCAUUACCUGAUGAUGAUGAGGAUUUUGAGCUUCCUGAAUAUGUUCAGGCUUUCAUGCAAGACACUCCACUCUAUACAGACAAUACAGCUAAUGGUAUCUCUCUUUUAUGGGCACCAAGGCCUUUCAAUAUGAGAUCUGGAAAAACACGACGUGCUAUUGAUGUUCCACUUGUGAAAUCCUGGUACCGUGAACAUUGUCCUGCAGGUAUGCCAGUCAAAGUGAGAGUAUCUUACCAAAAAUUACUAAAGUAUUAUGUGCUUAAUGCUUUGAAACAUCGACCUCCCAAAGCACAGAAAAAGAGAUAUCUGUUCCGCUCUUUUAAAGCAACAAAAUUCUUCCAGACCACCCAGUUGGAUUGGGUGGAAGUAGGGCUCCAAGUUUGCCGUCAAGGUUAUAACAUGUUGAACCUCUUGAUUCAUCGGAAGAAUCUAAACUAUUUGCAUCUCGAUUACAAUUUUAACUUGAAGCCUGUAAAAACUCUUACCACAAAAGAAAGAAAGAAAUCCAGGUUUGGUAAUGCUUUCCAUCUGUGCCGAGAAAUUCUCCGUUUGACUAAACUGGUUGUUGAUAGCCAUGUCCAAUAUCGUCUUGGAAAUGUUGAUGCAUUUCAGCUUGCUGAUGGCCUUCAAUAUAUUUUUGCUCAUGUUGGCCAACUGACUGGAAUGUAUCGCUACAAAUAUAAACUGAUGAGACAAAUCAGGAUGUGCAAAGAUCUCAAACAUCUCAUUUACUACAGAUUCAACACAGGUCCAGUUGGCAAAGGCCCAGGUUGUGGAAUAUGGUCACCUGGCUGGAGAGUUUGGCUGUUUUUCAUGCGUGGCAUCACUCCUUUACUGGAGCGGUGGUUAGGUAAUCUCCUGUCCAGGCAAUUUGAAGGGCGGCACUCAAAGGGUGUAGCCAAGACAGUCACCAAGCAGCGUGUUGAAAGUCACUAUGAUUUGGAAUUGAGAGCUGCAGUUAUGCAUGAUAUUCUGGACAUGAUGCCAGAAGGAAUUAAACAGAAUAAAGCCAGGACAAUCUUGCAGCAUCUCAGUGAAGCUUGGCGUUGCUGGAAAGCAAAUAUUCCAUGGAAGGUUCCAGGUCUGCCAAUUCCAAUAGAAAACAUGAUUCUUCGUUAUGUGAAAGCAAAAGCUGAUUGGUGGACAAACACUGCCCAUUACAACAGAGAGAGGAUCAGGCGUGGUGCCACUGUUGACAAAACAGUAUGCAAAAAGAACCUUGGUCGAUUGACUCGUCUUUAUCUCAAAGCAGAGCAAGAAAGGCAGCACAAUUAUUUGAAGGAUGGUCCAUAUAUCACUGCUGAGGAAGCAGUUGCUAUCUAUACCACAACUGUACAUUGGCUUGAGAGCAGACGCUUCUCUCCCAUUCCAUUUCCUCCACUUUCUUACAAGCAUGACACCAAACUGCUGAUUCUGGCUUUGGAAAGACUCAAGGAAGCUUAUAGUGUUAAAAGCAGAUUAAACCAGUCACAGAGAGAGGAACUUGGAUUGAUUGAACAAGCUUAUGAUAAUCCUCAUGAAGCUUUGUCUCGUAUCAAGCGUCACUUGCUCACACAAAGAGCUUUCAAAGAGGUGGGAAUUGAAUUCAUGGAUCUGUACAGUCAUUUGGUUCCUGUCUAUGAUGUAGAGCCAUUAGAAAAAAUUACAGAUGCUUACCUUGACCAGUAUUUGUGGUAUGAAGCCGACAAAAGACGUUUGUUUCCUCAAUGGAUCAAACCAGCUGAUACAGAACCUCCACCAUUGCUGGUCUACAAGUGGUGUCAAGGCAUCAACAAUUUGCAGGAUGUUUGGGACACAGCAGAAGGAGAGUGUAAUGUUCUUCUAGAAUCAAAGUUUGAGAAAAUGUAUGAAAAGAUCGAUUUGACCCUUCUCAACAGGCUACUGCGUCUCAUUGUUGACCAUAAUAUUGCAGAUUAUAUGACAGCUAAAAACAAUGUAGUCAUUAACUACAAGGAUAUGAAUCACACCAAUUCAUAUGGUAUCAUUCGAGGACUCCAGUUUUCUUCCUUCAUUGUUCAAUUCUAUGGUUUAGUGAUGGAUUUACUUGUCCUUGGAUUGCACCGUGCCAGUGAAAUGGCAGGACCACCACAGAUGCCUAAUGACUUCCUCACAUAUCAAGAUGUCAACACUGAAAUUGCACAUCCUAUCAGGCUAUUUUGCCGUUACAUUGACAGAAUUCACAUUUUUUUCAGAUUCACUGCUGAAGAGGCUCGUGAUCUGAUCCAGCGUUAUUUGACAGAACAUCCCGAUCCAAACAAUGAAAACAUUGUUGGCUAUAACAACAAGAAAUGUUGGCCAAGAGAUUCCAGAAUGAGACUUAUGAAGCAUGAUGUCAAUUUGGGCCGUGCUGUGUUUUGGGACAUCAAGAACAGGUUGCCCCGUUCUGUAACUACUAUUCAAUGGGAAAAUAGCUUUGUUUCAGUUUACAGUAAGGAUAACCCCAACUUGCUGUUCAACAUGUCUGGGUUUGAAUGUCGUAUUCUUCCUAAGUGUCGUACUACACAUGAAGAAUUUACUCAUAGAGAUGGAGUCUGGAAUUUGCAGAAUGAAAUUACUAAAGAAAGGACAGCCCAAUGUUUUUUGAGAGUUGAUGAGGAAUCAAUGAACCGGUUUCACAAUCGUGUCCGCCAAAUUUUAAUGGCAUCUGGAUCAACAACUUUCACAAAGAUUGUUAAUAAAUGGAACACAGCUCUCAUUGGUUUAAUGACAUACUUCCGAGAGGCUGUGGUUAAUACACAAGAACUGUUGGACCUUCUGGUCAAAUAUCUUCGUUGGUCUAAACAGACAGAUGUUGGCAUCACUCAUUUCCGAUCUGGUAUGAGUCACGAUGAAGAUCAGUUAAUUCCCAAUUUGUACAGAUAUAUUAUGCCUUGGGAAUCUGAAUUUAUUGACUCUCAAAGAGUCUGGGCAGAAUAUGCCUUGAAAAGGCAAGAAGCCAAUGCCCAGAACAGGAGGUUAACCCUGGAAGAUCUGGAGGACAGUUGGGACCGAGGUAUCCCUCGUAUCAACACUUUGUUCCAGAAAGACAGACAUACCCUAGCUUAUGAUAAAGGCUGGAGGGUCAGGACUGAAUUUAAACAGUAUCAGGUCCUAAAACAAAAUCCUUUCUGGUGGACUCAUCAGCGCCAUGAUGGUAAAUUGUGGAACUUAAACAACUACAGAACAGACAUGAUCCAAGCUCUUGGUGGUGUUGAAGGAAUUUUAGAGCAUACACUCUUCAAGGGAACCUACUUCCCUACCUGGGAGGGUCUUUUCUGGGAGAAAGCCAGUGGUUUUGAAGAAUCUAUGAAAUACAAAAAAUUAACUAAUGCCCAGAGAUCUGGUUUGAAUCAAAUUCCUAACCGUCGUUUUACAUUGUGGUGGUCUCCCACAAUCAACAGAGCUAAUGUUUAUGUAGGUUUCCAAGUGCAACUGGAUUUGACUGGAAUCUUUAUGCAUGGCAAAAUUCCUACUCUGAAAAUCUCUCUUAUCCAAAUAUUCCGUGCCCAUUUGUGGCAAAAGAUACAUGAAAGUGUUGUCAUGGAUUUGUGUCAGGUGUUUGACCAAGAGUUGGAUGCUCUUGAAAUUGAGACCGUCCAGAAAGAGACUAUCCAUCCUCGAAAAUCUUACAAAAUGAACAGUUCAUGUGCUGACAUCCUGUUGUUUGCCUCCUACAAGUGGAAUGUCUCUAGGCCUUCACUGUUGGCUGAUUCAAAAGAUGUGAUGGACAAUGCAAACACUCAGAAAUACUGGAUUGAUGUACAGCUUAGAUGGGGUGACUAUGACUCUCAUGAUAUUGAGAGAUAUGCUCGUGCCAAAUUCUUGGACUACACCACAGAUAAUAUGAGUAUCUACCCAUCGCCUACAGGUGUACUCAUUGCCAUUGAUUUAGCUUAUAAUUUGCAUAGCGCUUAUGGAAAUUGGUUUCCAGGUUGUAAACCAUUGAUCCAACAAGCUAUGGCAAAGAUCAUGAAAGCUAACCCUGCCUUGUAUGUGUUGAGAGAACGUAUCAGAAAAGGCCUGCAACUUUAUUCCUCUGAACCGACUGAGCCCUACCUAAGUUCUCAGAACUAUGGUGAGCUCUUCUCUAACCAAAUCAUUUGGUUUGUAGAUGACACCAAUGUAUACAGAGUCACCAUUCACAAGACUUUUGAAGGCAACUUAACAACUAAGCCAAUUAAUGGAGCCAUCUUCAUAUUCAAUCCCCGUACUGGUCAAUUAUUUUUAAAGAUUAUCCACACUUCAGUUUGGGCUGGACAGAAACGUUUAGGUCAGUUGGCCAAAUGGAAAACAGCUGAGGAAGUUGCUGCAUUGAUUCGAUCACUUCCUGUUGAGGAACAACCCAAACAGAUUAUUGUCACUCGGAAAGGAAUGUUGGAUCCACUUGAGGUCCAUUUACUUGAUUUUCCCAACAUUGUAAUCAAAGGAAGUGAACUGCAAUUACCAUUCCAAGCCUGUCUGAAGGUGGAGAAAUUUGGUGAUCUUAUCUUGAAAGCUACUGAACCUCAGAUGGUUCUAUUUAAUCUUUAUGAUGACUGGCUGAAAACUAUUUCAUCAUAUACUGCUUUCUCUAGAUUAAUCUUGAUUUUGCGUGCUCUACAUGUGAACAAUGACCGCACAAAAAUUAUUUUGAAACCUGACAAAACAACUGUGACUGAACCACAUCACAUCUGGCCUGCUCUUGGUGAUGAAGAAUGGAUAAAAGUUGAGGUGCAACUCAAGGAUCUUAUUUUGGCCGAUUAUGGCAAAAAAAACAAUGUGAAUGUUGCCUCUCUCACUCAGUCAGAAAUCCGUGAUAUUAUAUUGGGUAUGGAAAUUUCUGCCCCAUCUGCCCAACGACAACAGAUUGCUGAAAUUGAAAAACAGACUAAAGAACAAUCUCAGUUGACAGCCACCACAACCCGUACAGUGAAUAAACAUGGCGAUGAGAUUAUUACUUCAACUACCAGCAAUUAUGAGACUGCAACAUUUGCUUCCAAAACUGAGUGGCGUGUCCGUGCCAUCUCUGCUACAAAUCUUCACCUACGUACCAACCAUAUCUAUGUGUCUUCAGAUGACAUCAAAGAGACUGGCUACACAUAUAUCUUACCCAAAAAUAUUCUUAAAAAGUUUAUCAUUAUCUCAGAUUUGAGGGCUCAGAUUGCUGGUUAUUUGUAUGGAGUCAGUCCACCUGACAAUCCACAGGUGAAAGAAAUUCGGUGUAUUGUGAUGCCUCCACAGUGGGGUACUCACCAACGAGUCCAUUUACCCAAUACACUUCCUGAUCAUGAAUAUUUGCAAGAGAUGGAACCUCUUGGCUGGGUGCACACACAACCCAAUGAGCUGCCUCAAUUAUCUCCCCAAGACAUUACCACUCAUGCUAAGGUCAUGUCUGAUAAUUCAUCUUGGGAUGGAGAGAAAACCGUUAUCAUCACUUGCAGUUUCACUCCUGGAUCUUGUUCACUUACUGCCUACAAGCUGACCCCUAGUGGAUAUGAUUGGGGCAGGCAGAAUACAGAUACUGGAAACAAUCCAAAAGGCUAUUUGCCUUCCCACUAUGAGAAAGUACAAAUGUUGCUGUCAGAUCGUUUCCUUGGAUUCUUCAUGGUACCAUCACAGGGAUCUUGGAAUUACAACUUCAUGGGUGUUCGUCAUGAUCCCAACAUGAAGUAUGAUUUACAACUUGCAAAUCCAAAAGAAUUUUAUCAUGAAGUACAUCGACCAUCUCACUUCUUGAACUUUAGUGCAAUGGAAGAUGCUGAGAAUGUUGGUGCUGAUCGUGAGGACCUGUUCACAUAG